UUUGCCACCGCCGAGCGCACGGGCCGAGGCGAGCCGGAGCCGGGAGCCGGAGAGGGACUGGGGCCGGGGGGAAGGCGAUGGGGGGCGGCCCCGCCGCAGGACGACCCGGGCGGAUAACCCCGGGGGCCCGGCCGGCUCCGGACCCGGACCCGCGGGGCGCGGCACUCUGAGCCCCCUCCCCUGCUCCCCGCCCCCUGCCCGGGCCAUGGCAGCCCACCCCGCCGCCCCCGGGCCGCCAGCGCUCGCGGCCCCGCGAGCCCCCGAGCCGCGGCGGCGGCAGCAGUGAGAGGCGCUCGCAGGCCCGGCAGCCCCCGGCCCCGCUCGGCGCCCCGGCGCGCGCCCCCUUCCCGGCCGGCCUUGUCUUCUCCCCUCCCCCCGCCGCCCGAGAGCCCCUCUUGCUCGCCGCCCCCCGCCCCUUCCCGGCGCUCGGACGAUGCUCAAGUCUCGGCUCCGCAUGUUCCUGAACGAGCUGAAGCUGCUGGUGCUGACGGGCGGGGGGCGGCCCCGGGCCGAGCCGCAGCCCCGGGGGGGCGGGGGAGGCGGCUGCGGCUGGGCGCCCUUCGCCGGCUGCUCCACCCGGGACGGCGACGGCGACGAGGAGGAAUACUACGGGUCGGAGCCGCGGGCCAGGGGCCUGGCCGGCGACAAGGAGCCGCGGGUCGGACCCCCGCCGCCGCCUGCGCCGCCGCCGCCGCCCCCAGGCGCACUGGACGCCCUGUCACUCAGCAGCAGCCUGGACAGCGGGCUCCGAACGCCCCAGUGCCGGAUCUGCUUCCAGGGCCCGGAGCAGGGGGAGCUCCUGAGCCCCUGCCGCUGCGACGGCUCUGUGCGCUGCACUCACCAGCCCUGCCUCAUCCGCUGGAUCAGCGAGAGGGGCUCCUGGAGCUGCGAACUGUGCUACUUCAAGUACCAGGUCCUGGCCAUCAGCACCAAGAAUCCCCUACAGUGGCAGGCUAUCUCCCUGACGGUCAUCGAGAAGGUCCAGAUUGCGGCCAUAGUGCUUGGCUCACUCUUCCUGGUCGCCAGCAUCUCGUGGCUCAUCUGGUCCUCACUCAGCCCCUCAGCCAAGUGGCAGCGGCAGGAUCUGCUCUUCCAGAUCUGUUACGGCAUGUAUGGCUUCAUGGAUGUCGUCUGCAUAGGCCUCAUCGUCCAUGAGGGCUCCUCUGUUUACCGCAUAUUCAAGCGCUGGCAGGCAGUGAACCAACAGUGGAAGGUCCUGAACUAUGACAAGACCAAGGACACAGGAGGGGAUGCAGGGGGAGGCACGGCAGGGAAGCCGGGCCCCAGGACCUCACGGACGGGACCCCCUUCUGGGGCCACCAGCCGUCCCCCGGCCGCCCAGCGCAUGCGGACGCUCUUGCCUCAGCGCUGUGGUUACACCAUCCUGCACCUCCUUGGACAGCUGCGGCCACCAGAUGCGCGUUCCAGCUCCCAUUCUGGCCGAGAGGUUGUCAUGAGGGUCACCACGGUCUGAAGCGGACUCCAGGAGCGGGAAGAUUGAGUCAAUGCAUUGGCCAGAGCUGACCUCUCCUGGCUGCUGGAGAUGCCAGUCGGACAAGGUGUUAGGGGUACACUGCCCCCUGCCCCCACCAUCGAGGAUCCCUGCGGGCAGCCUCAAGCUGGAGACAUUGGCCGCUGGCCAGAGACACCUGAAUGCCAUUCCAGCCCCCACCGACAGCUCCUCCCACCCAUUGUGAAAUGGCCAGCCGGCAGGCGGGGCAAGCAGCUUUGCUUCCCUGAAGAGAACCAUCUUUACCUCAGCUCCUGGGGCUGCCAGCCCCCACUGCCCCACCACAGCUCCACCACAGAGACUUGGUAAAGGGCAACCAAUGCCAGAAGAAAGGGGCUGUAGGCCUCCAUCCCCACACAUGGCCACAGGGCAUCUGGCAAUAAGACUAGUAUACAUUGACCUCCCGUUCCCUGCAUGAGGGCGGGGGACCUGUCCCUGCCCCACCCCCCCAUUGCAUGGGGGAAGGGCAUAAAGAAUCAUUUAUAU